AUGGGCCCUCUGAGAUCUGUGCAGGCAAGAACACGCCCGCGCAGAGAAUUCAAGCAGUUGUCGAAAGACUUCAACAAUUCAGACGAGGAAGAUCUCGCAGAUUUCCAAGAUGCAGAGCCUCCCUCGAAACGCAUCCGCACGUCGCGCAGGGCUCAACCCCCCGUCAAGUGGACACCGGGAGGCAGAGGAGGCGGUGGCAGACAUGUUGAUCAUGAGAGCACCCCUUCGACCACGAGAACACCUAAUGCAGAGGAAGAAUACGCGCUUCCCCGUACACGCACCAGACAAAGCCGCAACCCCAAGCAGACAAUGAUAUCCACCCCGCGAUACUCGGCCAGAAGCAGAAACAGAGGUGGCGCACGGCCACGAUACAGCACAGCAGCUGCGGCCUCUGCCGCAGUGACGCAUGGAGACGGGUACAAGCCUCGAGAAGAGCGUGGCUGGGAAGAGUUCCAUCCUGAUCUCGACCUUGAUGCGGAUUUUGCGGUUCUGCCUUCAGAAGAGGUAGACGGACUGGUCAAAAAGCCUACAACCGAUGCCUCUAGCCAAGGCGCUCUGACGCCGACCGAGGGCGAAAGUCCUGUUCUUGGGGUUUCCACGCCUUUGAAGAGGCGACCUGGAAGGCCCCACCGAACCCAGAAUUCGAUGGUCAACGCUCUUCUGACACCUGAAGCGCCCAAAUUCGUGCCCAUGCCAGGGCCGAAUCCGCGAGAACGCCUCACCUUACCGAAACCCUCAUACCGAGAACUCGAUCCUUUCUUAUCGUAUGAAAUGAACAAGGAAAUUGCCCAGGUUGACUUCGUGGACAAGUCUAUGGCAAAUGUCGGGUACCAAGAGAGUGAAAUAUUCUUACGGCCGGAGCGGACGCUGAUCAGACAGAUGGAAGGCUCCGCGGAGGAAGACCUCGAUCUCAGUCCCGACCUCAUGACACACGGAGAGAAUUCUGCUAUUGGUAGUACGGGCGUUGGACGAGUCGAGUAUGACAUGGACGAACAGGAUGUUAAGUGGCUCGAGGCUUUCAAUAAAGGGAGGUCCAAGGAUGGUGUCCAAAUCAUCAAGCCAGCAAUAUUUGAGAUUACGAUGACCAAAAUCGAAAAGGAAUGGCAUGCACUAGAAAAGAGAAUACCGAAACCCAACCCAAAGGCGCCUCAGACGCAGCGGCCACGAUCGAGUUCCGCCGCUGCCGUCAAUGGUGAGCCUGCCGGAGAAGAGCCAGACAGCAAAUGCGCGAUUUGCGACGAUGGCGACUGUGAGAAUGCCAAUGCCAUAGUGUUCUGCGAUGGCUGUGAUCUCGCUGUACAUCAAGAAUGUUAUGGUGUGCCUUACAUUCCCGAAGGACAAUGGUUGUGCAGAAAAUGCCAACUUGUGGGAAAUUCCCGACCGAGCUGCAUUUUCUGCCCCAAUGAGGGCGGCGCCUUUAAGCAAACCAACAAUUCGAAGUGGGCGCACCUUUUCUGUGCCAUCUGGAUUCCAGAAGUCACUAUCGGCAAUCCAUCCUUGAUGGAACCUAUCACCGACGUUGAAAAAGUGCCCACAAGUCGUUGGAGACUCGUCUGCUACAUUUGCAAACAGGAGAUGGGGGCUAGCAUUCAAUGCAGCGACGGCCGCUGUUACGAGCCUUUUCAUCUGACCUGUGCACGCCAAGCUGGCCUCUUUUUGCAAAUGAAAACAGGCGGCGGCCAGAAUACCCUAAUGGAGCCGUCACAGCUCAAGGCGUAUUGCCAUAAACACACUCCUGGUGAUUGGAAGCGUCAGCAUCACACUGACAAAGCCUACGAAGAGGCGGUCAAGUACUUCAAAGAACAUUUCCGGGGGCAGAUCUGGGCAGAUAGUCGUGCCUCUGCCUUGGCGAUUCAUGACAUCCAAGAUACGCCUACAACGGACAAGGGUCAGUUGAAGGUGACUCUGACUAACAAGAAGGGACAAAAGCAGAAAACGGUCUGGCGACUGCCUUCAGGUGCUCCCGUGAUCCCCGAAGUCAUUCUCAAGUCUAUCGAGGAGUCUCUGGUAAGAUUCACCGUGCACAAGAAGAAGGAAUAUGUCUCUGAAAUCUGCAAAUACUGGACCCUGAAACGUGAAGCUCGUAGGGGCGCUGCCCUUCUGAAGCGGCUGCAAUUACAGAUGGAUACAUUCAGCUCCUUCGAGGUCACACGUCGCGAUUACAAGGCCCAAGGCGCAGCCGGCCGUGCCAGGCUUGAACGUCGCAUUGAUUUCGCUGAGAGGCUGGCAAAGGACAUGGACAAGAUCGUGCAGCUGUGCAACUUGAUCAAAGAACGCGAAGCGGCGAAACUGCAAGAGGCUCGCAUGUUGAAGGAAGUCGUCGACAUCGUCUACUUCCCUGUUCCACAUCUUCUAGAGCCGAUUAUCGAGAAAGCGCUCAAACUUGACAGAGGCCUGUUCCGUACAGGAUUGCUCGAAUUACAGGCCAAAGUCUUCAGGAAAGAGCACACUUCAAUCGCGAGCUUUUCCAAUGAUGUGGUGCAGGUGAUCAACUCGCAAUUCGGCAACAGUGCAGGAAGCUUCUCAGAAUUAAUUUCGUUGGUGAGCGGCCGAGCCGAAGACAUGAAACCCGAAGACCGGGAUCGACGUACACUUGCCCGACGAGUUGCCAAAGGCAUUGAACCUCUCCUAGAAGAAGCCACAAGGAAAGAAGCUGAAUUGCACGGUCGGCCGUACGCUGAGCAGAUUAGAGAGAUGGACGAAGCACUCCUCUCUCGACGUGGCUCGUUGGCACAGUCCAUGGAGAUUCCGGUUAUUGAUUCUGUCGAAUUGAAACACGAGGUUGGGAUCGCUAGUCCAGCCGAGGCCGAAGUUGAAAUGGUUGAGGCUGCAACUUCCGUGCAAGAACCGACUCGUAUUGAGGAAACCGUCAAGGAUCCCGAAAUGCCUGCUGCAAAGGAUGAUUUGCUUAAACACAACAGCCAGGAGAUGGCAUCUCAUCUGGUUUCCGCUAGUACACCGCCCGCUUCCACGAAUGGAUUCAGGCAUGAAUCACAUGCAAAUGGGAUUGGGACGGCGGAAUCAGGACAGCAAGUGGAGCCACCGACGCCUCCAAUGAGUUUGGAGGGCCAUUCUCAAAGUCUCCAGUCCGAUGGUGGCAUUCCUUGGUACGUUACUCAAUUUGAUCCAGAAGGCACAACCAUCUUCGAAGAACGCUGGACAGGACCAGAAGUGUUGCGCGAAAUGAGUGAAGAGCUUAGUGAGAUGGAUGAAGACGAACUCCAAGGACUGGGAACAGUCGAUGACAUCGUCGGACACACUAAUGGUGUUGCCGUGGAUGACGAGGCCACAGACUCAAAGACGGAGGGAGCUACAGCCAAGAAAAGAAUAUUGAGGAGCAAACCAGGCAAUGUCCCCAAUUGGGCUACCAGGUCUCUCCGGAAUCGGCGGUGA